AUGGCAGAUGAGGUGCGUAGCCAGAUCUUCCAUGCUCACAUUCUUGGAUGGUUCAUCCGUACCCCUGUUAAUAGGGUCAGCUCUGCUGUGCUAAGCAUUAAAGUUCCGACUCCUGGCAGAUUUUCUAGACGAGUAUCAGUCUGUGCAGAAUCCUAUAAUCCUGAUGAAGAAGAGGAAGAUACUGAACCAAAGGUGGUUCAUCCCAAAACUGAUGAGCAGAGAUGUAGGCUUCAGGAAGCUUGCAAAGAUAUUCUUCUUUUCAAAAACCUUGAUCAGGAGCAGCUUUCUCAAGUUCUCGAUGCCAUGUUUGAAAAGUUAGUCAAAACUGAUGAGCAUGUCAUUGACCAAGGAGAUGAUGGAGACAACUUUUAUGUCAUAGAACGGGGAACCUAUGACAUUUUAGUAACAAAGGAUAAUCAAACACGUUCUGUUGGUCAGUAUGACAACCAUGGCAGUUUUGGAGAACUAGCUCUGAUGUACAAUACCCCGAGAGCUGCUACCAUUGUUGCCACCUCAGAAGGCGCCCUUUGGGGACUGGACCGGUUAACUUUUAGAAGAAUCAUAGUGAAAAACAAUGCCAAAAAGAGGAAGAUGUUUGAAUCAUUUAUUGAAUCUGUGCCACUCUUUAAAUCACUAGAGAUGUCGGAACGAAUGAAGAUUGUGGAUGUGAUCGGGGAAAAGGUAUAUAAGGAUGGAGAGCGAAUAAUCACUCAGGGUGAAAAGGCCGACAGCUUUUAUAUUAUAGAGUCCGGGGAAGUGAGCAUCUUGAUUAAAAGCAAGGUGAGUUUGGGUGGUGCUGUGCCAGGUGUCCUCACAGUAAAUGUUGACCUUAUACAGUGUGACCUGCGUUUAGAGUCUCAAGCCAUUGUUGUUCUAUGAGGCAUGUGACUACCACUAAUAAAGAUUUAGUAUAUUUU